GUACACAUAGACCGUUCAGCACCAUACACAGCACCGUUGUUGCAAGGAUGUCCAAAUUUCUAACUCUCCGUCGUCCAACGACGAUAUCCAAAUUGCUUCAACAAGUUCCACAACAUCCGGAUGCACUUCCUCGCGAAGUCGUUCCGCAAUGGGUCGAUUUGCUGCCAUCAGCGAAGUUGCCCAACCGUUGCUGUCCUGUACACGCGGCAGAGUUUUCCCGAGGACCGUUAGCCCAGUUUCGGUGGAAGUAUCCCAACGAUCAUGGAUUUGAUCUGCAAGAUGCUUGCAUUCGAAUCGCCAGCAAGGAGUACCACGUGCUGCAUGAUAAACAUCUGCGCCAUUACUGGACCGAAGCACUCAAAAAGAACUUGAAGCACCGCGGCUUAAUCAGUGAAGACGAGCGAGUCCUGUGUACGCUGAUGGAGCUCAAUCGUUUUCGAAACUUUCUUUCCCACCAUCAUCGAUUGCAUUUGCUAAAACUUGUGCAUCAAAUGGAAAGCGAAGAAGCAAAUGCCAAUCAAUGUAAGAAAAUACAAACAGAACUGAAGAAUGCCGUAGACUUUUGCGAGAAAUUGGCAAUUAUACGCGGUCGGGCUGAUAGAAUUUUUGUCCAAAAAAUGGAACAGUGGAAAACAUCAGUAAACAACUGUAACCAACAAACCGCCAACAUAAUCAAGAGCUUUGAGAUGAACAAGCUAAAUAACUUAGCCGAGGGACAUCAGCGCUACCUGAAAAGCAAGAAGCGCUACUGUGAACUUUUAGCGGAUCGAAAGCGGAAAACUUUAAUCCUACGGAGAAAACUGAGAGAAAGAGAUGCUGCGCUGCAGCAGAGAUUAAUCAACAACAAACGAAGGAGACGGGAGAUAAAAACAAGAAUGCAAAUCGAACGCUUUCGAAUGCACUACUUGGCGAACCUGAAGGAACGGAAUGAGAACAGGCAAUACUUGGAAUCGUUUCUCACCCAAAUGCACCAUAAAGUGCAGGACCGAAAGGACAUGUACGACCGGAAGCACAAAAAGUUGGAACAAGAGCUAGUGCGGAGAAAAACGAGGAAUCUAGCGAGCAAGUACUAUCGUCGCAGUAAGGCAACGCUCGUGAAAGCUCUGCUGAGGGAGUGUAAGAAGAGUGUCUGCGCUAAGCCGGGCAAGACUGCUUCCAUGGUGCACGAGAGGAUGGAGCGUGCGAUCGAUGCGGCCUAUGCCAUUCACACUACCAUCAGUCCCACUACCAGCAGCACGCAGAUCAUCGAUACGGCUAGCCAGUUUAUACUGGACUUGCGUGACGCACCGAUCGAUCCCUUACCGCAGGACACGCUUAUCACGGGCUAUGUGGUCGAACGAUUGCGCGACAUGAUGGAUCAGAUUGUCCGGAAAUCAGUCCAGGAAGCACGGACACUGAUAGAGCAGGUUGCUGUUAAAAAGUUUGAAUCCCUCAACAGAGACGACAACUCGGUCAGGUCUUCACUUUCCAACCAAGGAAGCGUGGCAAGGGUAGCCUCCUAUCAGACGCGCUCCGAACACCCGAAUCAGUCCCGGGUGUCCAUGGGACCGGCCGCGAUCGUGGAGCAGUACGAAACCGAACGCUUUUCGUUGAAAAAGUGCAAAUAUCGACCUCCUACGCCCGUUACCUCCGUAACCUCGCUUGUAGAACAUACGUUUCAUCAAUCGAACGAAGAGCGAAUCAGCAUCAGUGCGCUGGAAGUAAAUACCGAGGCGGCGUUGGACGUGUUGCGGCGAAUCCAUUCCGAUUCCUACCCACUCAUACACGUAAUGUACAGUCAGCGGCGCUAUUUGGAAGGCAAUCUGUUGAAAUACCGCAUGAUUCUACAACCGUACGUAGACCAGCGCGUGUUGACCGCAAUCGAUCUUGAUAGGAUGACAAUGGUCAGCUGCGUUGAAGUGGCUGAUAGUGGACCCGCUGAGAGAGAGGAAAUUUUGAGGCUUACAGCAAACGCUUUGCUAAAGUUUCCCGAUAGCAAUCAUGAGUAUGCGGUCGCUCUGUUUGACUCGGUCAAUUUCCUAUCGAGGCAAGCUAUUAGAAAGGUGCAGCAAAUGUUGAACGCACCCUAAUCUUCAACCGACGAGAGAGAAGCAUGCCGCCCUAGCUCAUGAUUCUUAUCGAACAAUUAUAGAUGUGUUUAUUGUACGCACGAUGGGGGACAAUUUUCUAAAGAGAGUCAAAAUAAAAGGUCCUAACAGUU